GAAAACAUUGGUCUGAGCCUGGGGUUUAUGAGGGAAAAAUUCAGGAAGUGGGGAGUUAACAAAUGCAAGCUCAGUAUGUAUAUUUGUACGGGAGUGGAUAACCUUCCUGUCUAUAUAACAGGCAGAGGCAGGCGGCAGAAAGAAGCAGACCGCUGCCCUCGGUUACGCUGCAGGAAUUUGCCAGAUAAUUCCUGAAGCCAAAAUCUGAAGCUGAGGUGGGGAAGAUGCUGCUAUGGGCUGGCUUGGCCAUUCUUGUGCAGUUGCAACUGGGCUCUGCCUACAAACUUGUGUGCUACUUUACUAACUGGUCUCAGUACAGGCCUGGACCAGCUAAGUACACUCCAGAAAAUGUGGACCCAUUCCUGUGUACCCACCUGGUCUAUGCUUUUGCUGGGAUGGAUAACCAUAAGAUCACCACCGUGGAAUGGAAUGAUGAAACCCUCUAUAGGCAGUUCAAUGCCCUAAAGGAGAAAAAUAAGAAACUUGUCACACUCCUGGCUGUUGGAGGUGGAAGCUUUGGUACCCAAAAAUUUACUGCCAUGGUUUCCUCACCUGAUAAUCGUAAAACAUUCAUCAAUUCAGUGAUUGAUUUUCUCCGCAAGUAUAACUUUGAUGGGCUAGAUCUUGACUGGGAAUAUCCUGGUUCCAAGGGAAGCCCUCCAGAGGACAAGCAUCGCUUCACCAUUUUGGUUCAGGAAAUGGUAGCAGCUUUUGUUGAAGAAGCACAAAGAACAAGACGUGCAAGGCUGUUGGUUUCAGCAGCUGUGUCUUCCAGUAAGGACACCAUAGAUGCUGGAUAUGAAGUUGCUGCACUGGGGAGGAGUCUCGAUUUUAUCAAUGUGAUGACCUACGACUUCCAUGGAAGUUGGGCGUCCGUCACAGGACACAACAGCCCCUUGCACAAGGGCUCGGAUGACUAUGACAAAGUUCCCUUCUACAACUGUGAAUAUGCUAUGAAAUACUGGCAGGACAAUGGUGCUCCAGCUGAGAAACUCAUUAUGGGAUUCCCAACGUACGGACAAACUUUCAAGCUUUCUACUACGAAUACUGGGGUUGGUGCUCCGGCUUCCGGGGGUGGAUCUCCUGGGGCCUAUACCCGUGAAUCUGGCAUCUUGGCUUACUUUGAGGUUUGCACAUUCUUAAAAGGAGCCACCACCAGAUGGAUUGAAGCGCAGAAGGUCCCAUAUGCCUUCAAAGACAGAGAGUGGGUCGGAUAUGACAAUGAGAGGAGCUUUGAGAUCAAGACCCAGUUCCUGAAGGAGAAGCGCUACGGAGGAGCCAUGGUUUGGGCUCUUGAUAUGGAUGACUUCACUGGCUCUUUCUGUGGUGCAGGAGCCAACCCUCUUGUAAGGAAGUUGAAGGCUCUCCUUGGAAACUGAGAGCCAAAGCAUUGGACAAGGAAGGAGCCUAGCAGGGAGGGAAACAUCAUAUUUAUUGUCCAGGGACCUGAUCCAAUGUCCACUGAAGUCAAG